AUGGAAACAGUCGCCGAGGAUGGUACUGGCAGUCGGGCCGCGGCAGCGGGCGCUGCCCCGCCAUCUCAAGGCAGCGCCGUCGCGGAAGUCCGCCCCAGCGGGACGGCCGGCGGCAGCUGGCCCGCGGGCGGCGGGGGCGCCCUACGUGGGGCGGAUGAGCUCACGCGCGCAG